AGCAUUCUUUUCUUGCAGCUGUCUUUCUGGGCCUCUUAGACUGGUGGGGGUGUAAAUGUGCAGAUUAAUAAAACAUAUGAUCUUUGAAGUGAGGAGUUUGUAACCCUUAAGAAAGCCUGGUUUGAUGAGCACCAUGGAUGACCAUGAGGAGGCUGAGUUGUCGGAGUCUCUUCAGAAGGAGGAUGGGUUUUCCAGUGAAGCUGAGGAACCGGGCACCGACUUUAAAUCUAAAAGUUUGACUGUUUUAAAUGAAGCAAGGCCCCUAGAGAAGACAUUACUGGAUAAUUCAGCUCGUACGUCCAUGACGGCAGGGGAAAGUGCUGAAUUCAUCCAGAUGCCAACCAAGACCGAGUCUUUCCACGUCGAGUCCCCAACAAGAACAAACUACCUGCCGAAGCCGGGGAAGUCUGCGCUGAACAGGCCGAGCUCCUACACGGAGAACGCGGAAAUCCGGAGGAGUAAAAGCGUGACCAGGAAGAAGCCGCCAAGCUUUGUCGCUUCAAGGCUAGCUCAGAUCCGCCUGCCCAGUAGGAAAUACCUGAGGGUGAUCCUGCAGGACUCUCGCUGCUUCCUGUUCUGCAUGUGCUACCUGACAUUCAUCCAGUCCCUAAUGGUGUCAGGAUACCUGAGCAGUGUCAUCACCACCAUAGAGAAGAGGUACAGCCUGAGGAGCUCGGAGUCUGGCCUCCUUGUCAGCUGCUUUGACAUUGGCAGCCUCGUAGUGGUCGUCUUCAUCAGCUACUUUGGUGGACGGGGUCAAAGACCGCGUUGGCUGGCCGUUGGAGGGAUAUUCAUAGCCGUUGGCGCUGCUCUCUUCUCCUUACCUCACUUCAUAUCCCCACCCUACCAGAUCCAAGAGGUCAACUCAUCCUCACCUCAUGAGGGCCUGUGCAUGAACAGCAAUACCAGUGGCAGGGAUCGCGUUGAUAUUACUUCCUGUCCCAGAGACCAGGACGGCAACGAGCACCACCUGUAUGUGGCGCUGUUCGUCGUUGCGCAGAUCCUUGUGGGAAUGGGAUCAACGCCUGUCUACACACUGGGACCCACCUACCUGGACGACAACGUCAAGAAGGAGAACGCCUCGUUGUAUCUGGCAAUCAUGUAUGUGAUGGGAGCACUGGGCCCAGCAGCUGGUUACCUGUUGGGAGGAGUCCUCAUUGGCUUCUACGUAGACCCCAAAACUGUUGUCACCAUCGACCAGAGCGAUCCUCGCUUCAUUGGCAACUGGUGGAGCGGGUUCCUGCUCUGUGCUGUGGCCAUGCUGCUGGUCAUAUUCCCCAUGUUCACCUUCCCCAAGAAGCUUCCUCCUCGACACAAGAAGAAGAAGAGAAGGAAAAAGCUCACUCUGGAUGACCUGUCCAGUGAUGAUGAUGUACUGAAGGAGAAGAGCAACAACAAAGCCCAGACGGUCACCUCAUCCAUGGGUUUUGGCAAAGACAUUAAAGACCUCCCCAAAGCUGCAGUGAGGAUUCUCAGCAACGUGACCUUCCUGUUCGUCAGCCUCUCCUACACCGCAGAGAGCGCCAUCGUCACCGCUUUCAUCACUUUCAUUCCCAAGUUCAUUGAGUCCCAGUUUGGGAUCCCGGCUUCCAAUGCCAGCAUCUACACUGGUGUGAUCAUUGUGCCCAGCGCCGGCGUGGGCAUCGUCCUGGGCGGUUACAUCAUCAAGAAGCUGAAGCUGGGAGCUCGUGAGUCGGCCAAGCUGGCGAUGAUCUGCAGCGGGGUGUCCCUGCUCUGCUUCUCCACGCUCUUCAUCGUGGGCUGCGAGAGCAUCAACCUCGGAGGGAUCAACAUCCCCUACACCACCGGACCUACUCUCACCAUGACGCAGAGGAACCUGACCGGAGGCUGUAACGUGAACUGCGGGUGUAAAAUCCACGAGUACGCUCCGGUCUGCGGUUCUGACGGCAUCACGUACUUUAACCCCUGCCUUGCCGGCUGCAGCAACGUGGCCAACGACAGCAACGGGGUCCGUAACUACUCGGACUGCGCCUGCGUCCAGAGCAGGCAGGUCAUCACGCCGCCGUCCAGCAGUCAGGGCAGCAACCAGCUGCAGCUCGUCAUCGUCAAGACCUACCUGAACGAGAACGGCUACGCCGUGUCGGGGAAGUGCGACCGCACCUGCAACACCCUCAUCCCCUUCCUCAUCUUCCUCUUCAUCGUCACGCUCAUCACCGCCUGCGCCCAGCCCUCCGCCAUCAUCGUCACCCUCAGGUCGGUUGCAGAGCAGGAGCGGCCGUUUGCUCUGGGAAUGCAGUUCGUUCUCCUCAGGACCCUCGCCUACAUCCCGACGCCCAUUUACUUCGGCGCCGUCAUCGACACCACCUGCAUGCUGUGGCAGCAGGACUGCGGCGUCCACGGCUCCUGCUGGGAGUACGACGUCACCUCCCUGCGCUUCGUCUACUUCGGCCUGGCCGCCAGCCUCAAGUUCCUCGGCUUCCUCUUCAUCUUCCUCACCUGGUACUCCAUCAAGUACAAGGAGGAGCGGGUGGAGCGUUGGCUCAAACGCCACCUGUCGCCUGUCGACACGGUGGGGAGCCUCGUCUGCCACCCGGGGGGCCACAAAGGCCACGCUCGUACCCGCUCCUGCCCCGUCAACAUCCCCCGGACCGACCCCAACGUGCCCCCCGCUAACGCUCCGCUGCGCGCCGGCGCCCUCAACCGUGGCGUCAGCACCCAGAGUUGCCCUGGCAACGAGUUGAAAGCAAUAACUCCUCCUCCUCCGGCGGCCCCCGCCUCCGCCUCCGCCCGCUCACUGGAACACGUUUCAGUCCGGGUCUGA